AUGGGAAAACUGGAGAUGCUGUGCGGCCUCAAGAUGAGGCUGAAGCGACGGCGGGUGUCCCCGGUGCUGCCCGAGCAUCAUGAGGCCUUCAAAAGGCUGCUUGGGGACCCUGUUGUGAAAAGAUUCUUGGCCUGGGACAAAAAUCCGAGGGUAUCUGACAAGUAUCUCCUGGUCAUGGUCAUAGCAUAUUUCAGCCAGGCUGGCCUCCCCUCCUGGCAGUACCAGCGAAUUCAUUUCUUCAUAGCUCUCUACCUGGCCAAUGACAUGGAGGAGGAUGAAGGCCACAAACUGGCCAUCCUUUGGCUUCUCUAUGGGAACGACCAUUCCAAGAGUCGUCUGUUCCACCAACGGAGAGUCCAAUUCGCCCAAUACAUGGGCUGGAAGGCCUGGGUCUCCCGGGAGGAUUGUGAGGAGAUCCAAGUGUUAGACCCAGAGCUCCGGGUGUGCAGGCGAGACCGCAGCCUGCUUGCUGUGUGA